AGCAAGCUGCACCUGGAGAAGCUGACCCUGGGGAUCACCACAUCCUCGAAUAUUUCCCCAGGUGUGACAGAGGCGACUAUCAUAGAAAAACCACCUGCUGAACGUCAUAUGAUUUCUUCAUGGGAACAAAAAAAUAACUGCAUUCUACCUGAGGAUGUGAAGAAUUUUAACCUGAUGACCAAUGGCUUCCACAUGACAUGGAGUGUGAAGCUGGAUGAGCACACCAUUCCAUUGGGCAGCAUGGCAAUUAACAGCAUCUCAAAACUGACUCAACUCAACCAGUCUUCCAUGUACUCACUCCCUAAUGCACCAACUCUGGCAGACCUGGAGGAUGAUACACUUGAAGCCAGUGAGAACCAGCCAGAGAAGCCUCACUUUGAUUCUCGCAGUGUGAUAUUUGAGCUGGGUCCUUGCAAUGGGAAUGGGAAGGUUUUCCUUGUCUACAAAACAGGGAAACCAGCAUUAGCGCAAGACACUGAGAUCUGGUUCCUGGACAGAGCAUUAUACUGGUAUUUUCUCACAGAUACAUUUAACGCUUACUAUUGCCUGCUCAUCACCCACCUGGGCCUGCCACAGUGGCAGUGUGCCUUCACCAGCUAUGGCAUUAGCCCCCAAGCCAAGCAAUGGUUCAACAUGUAUAAACCCAUCACCUACAACACAAACCUGCUUGCAGAAGAGACCAACUCCUUCGUGAACAAGCUGGAUCCCAGCAGACUAUUCAAGAGCAAGAACAAGACAUUAAUCCCCAAAAAGAAAGGGCCUGUCCGGCCUCCAGGUGGCCAGAAAGGGCCCUCAGGUCCUCCCUCCACUUCUAAAUCCUCUUCUAGCCCUGGCAACUCUGUCCGGAAAUGAGCACUUCACCUCCCUGCCAGCCUCACAGCCAAGAUUUCCACACACAGGUGGCCCAAGCCUCAGAUUCUGUGAGUGGCACCAUAGACCUCUUUCCGUCUGAGCGAGCCAAAUCCUAGGCCUUUUACUUCCGUUGGCAUUGGCCAAGAGUUCAAGGGCAUACUCAGGUCUUCCAGAGUCCUUUCCUCAUCCCCUGCCUCUGAAAGCUGUAGAGAGUUUCAGAACUUGUUUAAGCAGUUAAAUAGAGCUGUUAAGAGCUUUCCUCUCUUUCCACCCCCAACCUUCUACACCCCUCAGCAGUCAUUAGAGAAAUCCCUCAAAGAAACCACUGAUUUUGACCCAUGAGGCAUUAGAACUCUGCUGUUCAAUUGGUAAUCACUAGCCACAUGUGGCUAUU